AUGGGCUGUAGUGAAGAAGAGAAGGCGUGCUUUUGGGAAGAUCUGGAGCAGUACGUCCAAUCCCUAGAAGGCGAAGUACUUCUAAUCGGAGGAGACUUCGACGGACAUGUCGGUUCUCGGAAAGACGGGUUCGAGAGUUGUCAUGGUGGAUACGGUUGUGGAGUUCGUAACGACGACGGGUUGCGAAUCCUGGAGUAUGCUGUUGCAAGUGACUUGAUCAUUGCUAACACGCAGUAUAGGAAAAGAAAAUCGCAUUUGAUCACGUACACCAGCGGCAGUCGUGAAACACAAAUAGAUUUCUGGAUGUUACGCCGACGAGAUCGCCGACUUCUGCAGGAUUCAAAAGUCAUCCCUACAGAUCAUGUCGCUGCCCAACACCAUCUGCUCAUUAUGGACUUGAAAAUCUCCCGUCCAAGGAAGAGACAUCCAAGAACUGAAACACAGCGCAUCAAAUGGUGGAAUCUGAAGGAUCGAAAGGAGAUAUUUUUUGCGUCCGUGGCUCCAUCUGCACUUCCCCACCCUACUCGUAGUGUGGAGGAAAUGUGGUCGUCUACUUCCAGCGUUAUACGCUUGACCGCGGAGAACACUCUGAGAAAGACGACUCUAGGUAAGCCCAAAGUACAAAAGGCUGCGUGGACACGUCAGCCUGAAGAUCAGGGUGCUUACCUAGCGGCGAAAAGGGAGGCUAAGAAGGCAGUCUCCAAGGCGAAGUCGGACUGCCACAAGGCUGUGUACGACAUGCUUGAUACCAGAGAGGGCGAGCGGGCAGUGUAUCGUUUAUUCAGAGCACGUCAUCGCUCAAACUUGGAUAUGGAACACACCAAGAUCGUUAAGGGAGCUGAUAGAGCCGUUCUGCGCCGCCCUGGUCAGAUCCUGGAGAGGUGGCGAGAGUACUACAACCACUUGUGUAACGAAGAGUUCUAUCAUCCUCCGAUCCCAACUGUUCCCAGCUUCGAGGGUUCUGUUCUACCAAUUACUGCCGUCGAAGUCAGUGCUGCCCUCGCAAAAAUGAAGUCGAACAAGGCAACAACAAGGUCCUGA